AUGAGAAAUUUCAGAAGAUGGCACAACAUAUUUUUGGUCCACCUGUUAGAAAGCAAGAAAUGUGCUUUCAUGAGAAACGAUGUCGCUCUGAACGACGGAAUUGUGAUGGACGACCUACGCGUUGGUGAUAUCGUUAAAGUGGAUAUGAUGUAAAAAUUGAAAAUCGCCCAUCAAAACCAUUUAUUUUUCAGCAAGAAAGGCAACUCGAACGAUGUUUUGAAGCAGUUGGAAGUGACCAGGCUUUGUGAAGUGGAACCUCGUUGUUUUGAGCACAUCAAAGGGAACAAAAUAAUGGUGAAACCCAGUUUUAGAACAAUUUGAAAGCAUUUUUAGGGUUCUGUUGAUAAAACGGUCACUGGAGAUGGUUACGAACUCAAGAAUGAUGCAAUCGGUUGGAGAAAUUAAUGAAAACUGUUGGCAAAAACAUUUUUCUAGGCGUCAUUUCGGAUCCUCACAAAUCUUGUUCGUCGUUUCCAGAAGGUCGGCACGAAGUCACUAUUUUUCUACCUCCGCUGAACUUCUACAAUAACCACUUGAACAGUACAACGGCUUUUUGUGAUGCGUUCCCGUUCUUGGUUGAUCAUGUAAGUUUUGUUUUCAAUUUCAUCUCAAACAAGAAAAAACAUUAUAAGUGAAAUUCGUUUGGUUUUCGGAUCCGAUACUCAUUUGUUCGAUUCUCUGAGGGAGAUAAUGAACAAAGUCAAUUAUUUUCAAAGUUCUAUCAUGACGAAAAUCAAAAAAAACCAAUCGCACUCGAAACUGAUUUCAGAUGAUUGUUAUUAAAUGGCAGCUAACGCUCCAGUGGAGCAAAAAAUUAUAAAAAUUCAGUUUUUUUACAGUUUAGCACUGUAUCAACUACUUAUUACUUAUUUGCAGCGUGCUAUAGAAAUCAACCCGUUUGUCAGUCAGGUAUAACGGCCAACAGCUGGAAAUAAAUACAAGAACUGUUUCAGAACGAGCUGAUUCGCUGCGAAGGCAUCGUUGUUCAUCAAAGGAACCUUUUCAACGAUCCCAUGCUCUUUAUCUUCACCAAAGGAUGUUCCCCGUAUACCGACAUCCUAGCCAUCCUUCCGGAAAACACGGGUUUUCGCCUGGGGACUUUUGUCUCCUUCAUGAUGCUGUAAUUAAAAAAUUUCUCGGCGUUCCUUAACUCCGAAUUUCAAGCAAAGCUGAUUAUGAGAAAAGAGCUACAAAGAAGAAGCUGCAAACAGACUUUUCAACCAUUCGGCAGAUUGAUCCACCUGGAGGUAUUACUUCGGACGUCGGCGCUUUCGAUGACAUUGUCAGAGUGAGUUCAGCAAGAUGACUAGUGAGUAAUGUCCAAAAAAAGGUAUACGAUUUUUUUUCGAUGACAAAAAGGUAUUUAAUUUUUCGGACAUUACUCACAAGUAAUUUCAGGUAUCCUAAAACUUUUUUUUUUGAAUGUUCUUAUCAAUCAAUAAAGUUGAUGUCCUGCUUGGAUCAAAUGUUGGGAAAUUAGUUUCAGAUCACCAUCAAAGAUUUUUCCACGACGGAAAGCACGGGACCAUACACACAUGAAUGGAUUGGAAAUUUCGACGACCCAAAUAGAAAAACUUGCUCCAAACCACUGGUGAGUUUACUCAGAAAAAAAUAAAAUAAAAACAAUUUCAUUUCAUUGAAAGUCAUUUCAUUAGGAACUAUAGAUCCUUCGUAAAAAAAUCAAAAAACCAGAUUGGAGCCGCCAAAUCUCCCAAACUCCUCCAGUUUCACUUACACGAGUAUUGCCGUUUUCCUGGGCAAAAAAUUCAAAAUUAUUUUUUUGCAUAGGAAAGUUUUUAAAUUAGAUUUCAGAAAAAUCAGAAUAUGUUUAUUUUGACAAUAAAAGCCUUUUUUUAUACGGUAAAUGAGAGAUUUCCAGUGAAUUAUAUUUCUAGUGGAAAAAAAUGUUUUUUUAAUCAUUCUUCGAAAUUCAGCUAUGCUCAUAUAACUCUGAGCAAGUUUUUCGCAACCGGAUGCUAGUCACAGGAGUCCGUGGAUGGUGUCAACUGCAUACCGUUGUGUUCGUUUUUUUUUUAUUAGCUCCUUCGACCUAAUUUGUUUCAGUUUCAUCCAAAAGCCUCGCAGACUGCUAA